AUGUCCGAGGAUGCCUCGGCUGGCGGAUGGAGCACUAUCGAGUCGGACGAGGGUGUUUUUACCUUCCUCAUCGAGCAGCUAGGCGUCAAGGAUAUCCAAUUCGAAGAGUUGGUUCAGCUGGACUCAGAUAGUAUUCGAGCACUGAGUCCAGUCUACGGCGUCAUCUUCCUCUUCAAAUACAUUGGUUCCUCGACUACCUCGACCUCCAACCCACAAGAUGGCACGUUUGAUCCUGCCGCUGUCGACUCCGACGCCGGCUUCUUCUUCGCCGCACAAACCAUUCAGAACGCUUGCGGCACCCAAGCCAUCCUUUCCAUAAUCCUCAACAACGACCCCUCCAACCCCUCCCUUCAGCCUUCCUCGACCAUUGACAUCGGCCAGGAACUCCGCUCCUUCAAAGACUUUACUACGGGCUUCCCCUCCGAUCUUUUAGGCGAAGCCCUCUCCAAUUCUAGUCUGAUCCGCGAAACGCACAACAGCUUCGCACGCAGCAGCCCCUUCGCCAAUGAGACCCAACAAGACCCCGCUGCGCGGACGGAGGAUGUGUUCCAUUUCAUUGGCUACACGGUUCGGAAUAACAUCCUCUACGAACUCGACGGUCUACAGCCAUACCCAAUCUCUCAUGGUCCAUGCACUACAGACGAAUUCGCAGAUAAGAUCAUCCCUGUGCUGCUGAAACGAAUUAGUCGUUACCCGCCCGAAGAGGUGCGGUUUAAUCUGAUGGCAGUGUGUAGGGAUCUAAGGAUCAAAGCGCAAGAGAUUGGAGAUGUGGAAGCUCUGGCAAGGCAAAAAAGAAAGAGGACGGCGUGGGAGUGGGAAAAUGCGUUGAGGAGGCAUAAUUUUGUGGGGUUUAUUGGGGAGAUAUUGAAAGGGGUGGUGGAGCUGAAGCUGGAAAAUGGUGGAGAGGCGGAGUACCAGCGAUGGGUCGAGGAGGGGAAGAAGACGACGGAGAAGAGGAUGACCGAGAACCAGGCGAGGAGAAAGGGAGAAGCUGGAGAGGAAAUGCAAGAGUGA